ACUCCUGCAGCCAAUGUUUGGAAUGGGGAAUUGCAACGCCUACUAGGACUUAUUACAGUUGUAAUCCCCUUAGAUAGAUUCGUUGCAACGGCCUCUUUCCAGAAACUCAUUUUCGUCAAUGCCGUUACCAUAGAUAUUUCAAGCGGAAUUUUUUCCUAUUUCAGUAACACAGAGGUUGAAGCCUGGGGCUAUAUGGGUUGUCUCAAAUAUUUAGCAAAAGUAUGUGUGCGUUUAAUAUCAGAAGAUUGUGACGAAAUUCUUGACAAAUACAAGAACCAUUUGCUUUUAAUAACCUUGUUAAUAUCAUCGUUUAAAAGAGUGAAAGACAAAGCCCAUAAGCUGAAUGAUACUGCAGAACAUUCAUUUCAACGCGUAGAAGUUACCUUAUUUUUUAAAAGAAUUGAUACACAG